UACUUCGACAUGAUUGGCCAAGCGGUUGUCAGGAGUGUUUACAGGAAACAUGGCUUCUCUGCCUGUUGGAGAGCAUCAAGAAAUGGAAGUGGAUCGACGAGGUGAGUCCGAAGAGUCUGGUGAUGAUGACACCAGAAGAAGGAGUAUCAACGGCGAUGUGGACCCAAAUCAGCCCGCAGGAACAAGUACAGAAGAGUCCCCUGUUGACAUGGACACCAUAACCUUGGACCCAGAAGAAGAGGAUGUUGAUCUUGUUCAUUGUCGUAUUGGAAAAAUCGAAGGAUUGGAAGUUCUACAGAAGGCCAAAACACUAUCCUUAAGACAGAACCUCAUCAAAAAGAUAGAAAACCUUGAGAGCUUGAGCUCACUACGAGAACUAGAUCUCUAUGACAAUCAGAUUCGCAAACUAGAGAACCUGAGCAACCUCAAAGAAUUAGAGUUGCUUGAUGUUUCCUUUAACAUUCUGAGGAAAGUGGAGAAUUUGGAGGAGUUGACCAAAAUUAAAAAGCUUUUCCUGGUUCACAACAAAGUCACCGCCAUCUCCAACAUAGACCACCUCACAAGUCUGGAAAUGUUGGAGCUGGGCUCGAAUCGUAUUAGGGUCAUCGAGAACCUAGACGCUCUUUCGUCAUUGCAAAGUUUGUUUCUUGGAACCAAUAAAAUAACAAAGCUUCAGAAUCUGGACAGUUUACACAACCUGACUGUUUUAAGCAUUCAGAGCAACCGGAUUACUAAAAUGGAGGGACUACAGAACCUGGUCAACCUGAAAGAGCUCUAUCUGAGCCACAAUGGCAUUGAGGUCAUAGAAGGCCUGGAGAACAACAAAAAACUCAGCACGCUGGAUGUUGCUGCCAAUCGAGUUAAGAAAAUUGAGAACGUCAGCCAUCUGACAGAGCUGCAGGAGUUCUGGAUGAACGAUAAUCAGAUAGACAACUGGUCGGAUCUUGACGAGCUGAAGAACGCCAAGUCCCUGGAGACGGUGUAUCUGGAGAGGAACCCUCUACAGAAAGAUCCUCAAUACAGAAGAAAGAUCAUGCUGGCACUGCCCACUGUGCGCCAGAUUGACGCUACCUUUAUUCGCUUCUAAGCUGUAGUGUACGACCCACCUGCCAAACCUCUCAGUGUUUCACCUCCCUGCCUGCCCUGCCCACUAAAACACCUCCUCAAACAUAUUGGCCUCACAAUGUCAUAAUGUCACUCCAAAAAGGAUAUACAUUCCAACACAGAACUCACUCAUCAUACAUGUAUGCAUGUAUGCACUCAUGCAAACCUCAAUCAAUGCUUUUGUUUUCAAGCUUUUAUUUAUUAAGGCGGAACUGGUGAAAAUGGAAAACUACCCUAUGCUCAUUUCCUCUUGUUUCUUCUGCACUUUGUAGUUUGUUUGUUUUCUGUUUUCCUUUUUGUUUCAAAUUUGUUUGCAUAUGUGAUACAGUUAGGCGCACCAGUCUUGCUGUGGCCAUCAAGAAAAUAAGAAAUCGAUCUUACCAAACACAUCAAUGUAGUUGCAUUGUUCUUAUGUUAGUGGAAAAGGAGACAAAUAUUACUGUUUUGGGGAUUUUGUUUUUGUAUGUUCUGUCACGUCAAUGCUGUUAGCAUAACUGAACCUGAAGAAAAGACCAGUUCAAGAUCAAACAUUUAAAGGGAAAUUGUAACAAGAUGAAAAAAAUAAUAAUCAACAACUAUGUUUUUUUUAUUUCUGCUUCAGCUUAAUUAAUAUCUUGAUCUAGAGAAUAAGAAAACAUAGAAACUGAAGCCUUAAAACAUCUGAUAAUUAAAAGAAGACUAGAAAAGUGGCCCACGCAGUCAUUUAAAGAACGACAUUCUUUACUUCUGUAUUAUUUUAAAUAAACUGACAUCGUAACAAAGGGAAGUUUUUUUUGUUGCCCGGCAGCCUUGUCUAUUCCUUCAAAUAGUUUAUGAAAUAGGUUUAACAGCUGAUUAAAGAGCCGUGUAGUAAAGUAAAACUCAUGAUAAUGUCAAAAACUAUCCAUACAGAUGUUAUGUCACAUUUUUUGUUAGGCAUUAAAGCUUGAAACAGCUUCUGAUUACAGCCUUUGGUCACAUUUACUUUCACCAGGUGGUUCAUUUAUUUAAUUUAAACACCUGACGAUAAAAUGUAGAUUGUAUCAGAGUUAAAUGUAGAUUCUAAUGGCUGGACCGAUCAAAAAGUGUUUACAAAUACAAAAUGAACUCAGCGUUGGCACAAAAACAUUCAAAUACAUUGAGAUAUGAAUAGUCUACGAUUAGAAUUUAUAAAUAUUAAAUCAUAGUUGCUUUAGGAUUGUUUAGAUCAAAUAAUGGCAAGACCAGUCAAAUCUAACAUUAUCUGGCAAGUUUGUUGUCCAUAAGUCUUAGGUGCUCAUGAAUAACUCCCUGGUCCAACUGACUAGUGAUGCAUCUUUAAAAUAAAAAGAUGUCACACCUCAGGGAUUAAAGAUCACAGAAUAACUUAUCAGAAAGUAAAUAUUAAAUAUAGUGCUAAACUAAGCUCACUUUUUUCUUCUCAUCUAAUGUCUAUGUCACUGGGCUUUAAUUGACAAAUGGGCCCAAUUUUUAUAAGCAUAAAAAUGUCAGAAUAAAACAAGUUUAUACCAUAGAGUUAGUCAUUCAAAUGGCAACAAGUUGUCAAAGGAAGCAAAUGCCUUUUUAAAGCCUAAUGUUAAAAAUUAGAGAUCCCAUUAAAACUAUCUACAAGAAUGUUACGCAUUAUUAAUAUGAUUGUUCAUUUAAAUUUAGUUUACCUAAAUAAAAAGGAAUAGUAAACUGAAUUGGAAGUGCCACAAUGUUUGUUUGUAAAUACUGGACAUCUCAUAAUGUAGGUGGCCUGUGCCAUCAUCACCCUCCCUUUGUAAAGUGAUGUUUUAUUGUGUUUGUGCCAGGCUGCACAACAGAUUUGCGUGAGAUUCUGAAAAAGAACGAAGCAAAGCCUCUCUGGUCAAGUAGGAGCAUUAAAACAAACUGCUUUCAACUCCUUGUUGUCAGAGCUGAUGAGUUGAUGCUUUUUGCAAAAUGAAUGUAAUAUGCAAAUAAAAAUAAAGUUACACUA